AUGCCGUCCUUCUUGAAGCUCGCGCUGGCAGCGACUGUCGCUGUGCCCUUUGCUGCUGCUCAGACCUACUCCAGUUGCGAUCCGCUGAACAAAACUUGUCCUGCCGAUCCUGGCCUGGCAAACUACACCUUCUCUACCGAUUUCACCAUUGGCGAAUCGGCUUUCGAGUUUUGGAAUACCACUGAUGGUACCGUCAACAGCACCGAUCAAGGUGCUGCUUUCAUCAUCAAUGAAGAAGGCGAAGCUCCCACUAUUCAGACUCAAUUCUACAUCUUCUUCGGUCAUGUCGAUGUCAAAAUGAAGAUUGCCAGUGGCACUGGUAUUAUCAGCAGUGUUGUGUUCUUGUCCGACGACCUCGACGAAAUUGACUGGGAAGGAAUUGGUACUUUCAACUACGAAAUCGAGACCAACUACUUCGGCAAGGACAACACCACAAGCUACAACCGCGCCACUUACCCGAACGUCACAACUCCAUGCGACGAGUUCCACACGUAUUCCAUCGACUGGACCCCGGCUCGCCUCGAGUGGUACGUUGACGGCGUUCUGCAGCGCACACUCGAGUACGACUCUGCAGUAUACGGCACGAACUACCCGCAGACUCCCAUGGUGCUGAAGCUCGGUAUCUGGGCUGGCGGAGCCUCCAGCGAAGGCGAAGGAACCAUCGAAUGGGCUGGUGGAGAGACCGAUUUCAGCGACGCCCCUUUCACCAUGUACGUCGAGUCGGUCAACAUUACUAACUACUACCCGGCCGAGUACUACACCUACGGCGACAAGACGGGCGACUACACGAGUAUCAUCCUGUCCAACUCUACCACUUCUAGCAACAAGACCAUCGAAACGACCUCGACCAGCUCCAACGGUUCCACUACUUCGACAAGUAAGUCGAACUCAUCGUCGACCAGCGCGUCUUCUAGUUCCAAGUCUACGGUUGCGGCUUCCGGUGCUGCCUCGGGCUUUGCGAUGGGCCCUGUGGCUGUUUUGACUGCUGUUGCCAUGUACAUGUUCUUGUAA